AUGGCAGAUUAUUCCAUUGGGGAGAGAAUAUUGGAAGAUCGUCUGUAUGAAGCGGAGACAAAUCGGCCAUCUGAAUCUGAACAUGUCCUGAAUCUGAAGCAUGGCGUCGUUAGAGAGGCAUAUGAAUUAUUCCUCACUCAUUUCGGGAUAUGCCAGCUUACUGAGCUGAAGGCCGCAGUUGCUCCAGGCCGAGUAAAUUUGAUUGGAGAACAUAUCGACUACUGUGAUGGCUUUGUUCUUCCAAUGGCUAUUCCGCUCUACACUGCCGUUCUGGGACGACUGGCAGACGAUCAACGGCGAGGUUUCACGAACAUUUUCUCGUCUCAAUUCAGUAAUCCCAUUUUCAUUCAUCAACCUUAUGGACAAGUUAAGCCCGAAAGCGCGACCUGGGGACGUUAUGUCCAAGGCGUACUCGCGUUAACUGGAUGCGACUUGUGUCUUGAUCUGGUAAUCCAUUCAACAAUUCCCAUGGGAAGUGGACUGAGUAGCUCUGCUGCAUUGGAACUUGCCUCAUACUACCUCGUCUCACAAUUUUUGCCCAAUCCACUUCCAAGUGGAGUGGUAAGUGCAGAGCUGUGCCGUCGUGUAGAACAUGAAUUCGCUGAAGUGCCAUGUGGAAUUAUGGAUCAAUUUGUUAUUGCACUUGCCGAACAUGGCCAUGCCAUUCGAAUAGACUGCAAGUUACUAACUUACGACUUCAUACCCAUGAGCAUAUCUCAUGACACUUUAUUUCUCAUCACUAACAGCGGUGUUAAUCACACUCAUGCCGACGGUGAAUAUGCCAAGCGACGAAAAAUGGUGGAUGAAGCCCUGCAUGUAUUUGGAGUCACCUCAUGGCGAGAUGUAACCCAUGAAAUGAUACAGGAAAAGUCGUCUCUUCUCGAUAGUGCUACACUUGAUUGUGCUCAUCAUGUUGUUGAUGAGAUAGAACGAACUGUGAAAGCUAGCGAAGCGUUGCUCGAUAACGACAUUACUCAUUUUGGACGUUUUAUGUGCGAAAGUCAUUAUUCAUUGAAGGAUAAAUACCGUGUGUCAUGCCCAGAAAUUGAUGAACUGGUCUCUAUGACUCUCUCUUGUGAAGGCGUUUUUGGGUCAAGAAUGACAGGUGGAGGAUUUGGUGGCUGCACCGUGACACUGGUUCGGAAAGAGAAUGUUGAUGACGUGAAGAACUACAUAAAGGAAAACUACAAAAGUGGAACUCCCACGUUCUACGAAAGUGAGCCCGUGUCGCAUGCUUGCGCGGUACAACUCGAUUUUCUCUCUAGACUGUGA